UGGGGUUCUCACAGCUGCAGCUCUAACCCGGGAUGGCUUUCCGAAGAACCGAAGGCAUGUCCGUGAUCCAAGCUUUGGCCAUGACGGUGGCAGAGAUACCUGUGUUUCUCUACACAACCUUUGGACAGUCGGCAUUUUCUCAGCUACGACUAUCUCCAGGCCUGCGGAAGGUACUCUUUGCUACAGCGCUGGGAACAGUGGCCUUGGCUUUGGCUGCCCAUCAACUGAAGCGUCGUCGUCGACGGAAGAAACAGAUUGGCCCUGAGAAAGGAAGUGGGAAGCCUGGAACUGUUCCUAUCCCCAUCUUCAUGGCUAGAAAAGUUCCAUCGGUGAAGAAGGGUUAUUCCAGCCGAAGGGUCCAGAGUCCCAGCAGCAAGAGCAAUGAUACCCUGAGUGGCAUUUCCUCUAUCGAACCCAGCAAACACUCGGGCUCUUCUCACAGUCUGGCCUCGAUGGUGGCAGUGAACUCCUCUAGCCCAACAGCUGCAUCAUCUGGGCCCUGGGAUCCUAGAGUAACUGAAGAGUCGGGGGCUGCUGGUGAUGCAAAUGCAGAGAAUCUCUACAUUCAAGGAAUGGAGCUGUUUGAAGAAGCAUUGCAGAAGUGGGAGCAGGCCUUGAGUAUCGGACAGAGGAGAGACAGUACCAGCACUCCUACACCCUGGGACAAUCUCAAGAGUCCAGAGACCAUCUCUGAGGUACUCUCAGAGCCAGAGUCCCAGAAAAAGGAGUUUGCUGAGAAGCUAGAAUCCCUUCUACAUCGGGCAUACCACCUGCAGGAGGAGUUUGGCUCUACAUUCCCAUCAGAUAGUAUGCUCUUGGAUCUAGAGAGGACUCUCAUGCUGCCUCUCACAGAAGGUUCACUGAGGCUUCAGGAAGAUGAUGAGGACAGUCUUUCCUCAGAGGACUCUUUCUUCUCAGCUGCAGAGCUGUUUGACUCUCUACAGAUAGGGGAUCUCCCUUUCCAACUCUCCAGGCCAGCUGCAGCAUAUGAGGAAGCCUUGCAACUGGUGAAAGAAGGAAAAGUUCUCUGUCGGACACUAAGGACAGAACUUUUGGGUUGCUACAGUGAUCAAGACUUCUUGGCUAAAUUGCACUGUGUUCGGCAGGCCUUCCAGGGACUUCUGCAAGAUGAAAGUAACCAGCUGUUCUUUGGGGAGGUUGGGAAACAAAUGGUGACAGGCCUGAUGACCAAAGCUGAAAAGAACCCAAAGGGCUUCUUGGAAAGCUAUGAGGAGAUGUUGAGUUAUGCCCUGAGACCAGAGACCUGGCCCACUACACAGCUGGAGCUGGAAGGGCGGGGGGUGGUAUGCAUGAGUUUCUUUGACAUCGUGCUGGACUUCAUCCUCAUGGAUGCCUUUGAGGACCUAGAGAACCCCCCCUCCUCUGUGCUUGCUGUCCUGCGCAAUCGCUGGCUCUCUGAUAGCUUCAAGGAAACGGCUCUGGCCACUGCUUGCUGGUCGGUCCUGAAAGCCAAGAGGAGGCUCCUAAUGGUGCCUGAUGGCUUCAUCUCUCAUUUCUACUCCGUAUCGGAGCAUGUUAGCCCAGUUCUUGCCUUUGGCUUCUUAGGGCCCAAGCCACAGCUGGCUGAAGUCUGCACUUUUUUCAAGCAUCAGAUUCUGUACUACCUGAAGGACAUGUUUGACUUGGACAAUGUGCGCUAUACCACAGUGCAGUCACUCUCAGAGGACAUCCUUCAGCUGUCCCGCAGACGCAGUGAGAUCCUACUAGGUUACCUGGGAACAGAACCUAUCCGUGAGAUGAACGGGAUGUUGCCCCAUGAAAACGGACCCCUGGAGGAACUUCAUUAACCCCCAUGCUAUCCUGAGGAGGGCUGACUCCUCUCCUCUGUUAUUCUCACCUAUGGCAAUGGGGGCUUGCUCUCUUCUGAAUUACAUGAGUGGCAUUGGCUCAGCCUAGCCCCUGCCUUCACUGACCUCAGGAUCCAUCUGCUUACCCUCCAUGCAGGAAUCUGCCAGUAUCUUGGACCAGUCGAUUGCUUCUUCUUUUCCUUUAGGUUGGAAUUCUAGGCCCCAGAUCUCAGCUCAGAAGGACCAAUUCAUGAUGCCCUUCUCCUCCUCGACUCCUUUUUGUCCAUAUAUGUCAUACAGUAGCAGUUUCCUUGCCAUGGUCAGGAAGCUAACAUGUCUUACCUUGGCUUCUUUCUCCUGGGGAAUCAGCUGGCAAUGCCUUUUUGUGAGACUGGCAGUCAGGUCAGCACAGAUGUCUGUGUCUCACUAGGUGGGCUUAGAAGUGCAGCUGGGAUGAUGUGCUUUGGUGAGGGGAGGGACUAGUGAAUUUCUUGGAAGGCUGAGAAUGUGAAGCUUCUUUGUCCUGUCCCCUUCAGGCUGGUUGGGUCAUUAGUCAAAUCUGAGAAGAUCCAGUGCUUGGAAUGUGCUGUAGGGUGUGAUGAUGGAGGAAGGAAGACUAUGAAGUAGAUUGAGGGGCAAGAACAGGAAGGAGAGUCACAUGUAACAAGGAAAAGAAAGGAAAAGACCUAGUGGGAGGGGUAGGGGAAUAGGGGUGGAACUCUUAACAUUUAGCAGGCCCUUAGGAUUGCUCCAGAGACACCAUCUGAUAUGGAAUCACUGGCUGUGAGCCUUUGAGACCUAGGGUAGGUUUGUUGAGUCAAGAACCUCAUUUUCAGUAGGGAUGUGGGGCCAUGGGAUUAAAGGGUACUCUUUGCUACUGCCAAGGAUGAGAGAGGGAGAGAGAGAGUAUAAGAGUGCUGGGAGCUUAGUACAGAGGCACCUGUGAAAUUUGGGCCAGGGCUGGUCUGUGAUAAGGGAAUAUCAGGGGAGGAUGUCCACAAAAGGGAAGGGGUAGCCAAAGGAGUGAGGGCCACGAUUCCUAGUGGAAAUGAAUGUCAGAAAUCUGACUGGCUGGUUUUUCUUCCUCUGGCCUAUGGGCACCUUUCCUAUUUCAUCUACAGUGAAGAGCUUAAGAAUAGCUUGGAUAUCUCAGUAGAGUGGGAACACAAAUGGCCAAGUAGAUGACAAAAGCUAAGUACUGGGAACCUGGGAGAAGAGAAUGGAGUGAGAUGAGGAGGAUUCCAGAAAGUUAAGAGUGGGAAAGAGAUGAGAACAUUGAGUCCAGCUCUUUCACUUUAUAGCUAAGGAAACAAACAAGGAAACAAGGGAAGUGAAGAACCUUGGCUCAGUCACACAACUAGUCAUUGGGAGAGCCGAGACUUCCACUUAGAUUUUCCGAUUCUAGAUACAACAGUUUCUAUUAUACCACAAAUCUCCAGUCUGCUGACCAGAGCAAAGAAGGUCAUUUAGAGUUUGCCAAAUAUGUAUCAAUGCCCCUUCCUAAUCCUCUCCUUCCAGCAAGAAGGAAGCAGCCCUGAGGACCAUCUUUUUUUAAACCUUUAUUUAUAUUGUGUAAGUGUUGAGUUGAGCAUCUAUUGCCUCCUAGCCUCUACCUGGAAAGAUCACUUACAUAUUUAAUGUUGCUUAGAAUGAUUCCUGAGCUGAUGACGAUGGACCAUGAUCUGCAGAGUUUUAUUUCCUUACAAAAUGUACAAACCCACUUGGACUCAUUGCUCUGGCCCAAGUGUUCCAGUUCCUCCUUGCUACUAAAGCCAGCCCAUUAUCCUUGAUGCUGCCACUCUGUGCUGAGGCUAGAUGAAUGUCUGCCAAGCAUGGGCAGGGAGGCCUGUUGUUUAGGUGAUAUUUUUAUUGUUGGCCAGUGGGUAGAGUCUAACCAGCACAAAAAAUCAGCCACUUCUCCUUUACCUGCCAACUAAACUGCUCUGAAGAAUUCAAAAACACUAUUUCAGGAGACUUAUUUGGCCAUCGUUUCCCCCUUCUAAAGACUGGGAUGAUAUUCCAUCUCCACCACCAAAGACUCCUGGCAGUGCUCUUGGGAAAGAGCUGACCAAAGCCUUCUGGUGUCUUGAAUUGCUCUAGAAGCCAGUGCUGUGAGGGCAGCAUUUUCAACAUCUAGGAGCUCCUUUCCCAGUAUCUGACAGUUGAUUUCCUCCCAGGAAACCAUUACUCCCAAACCUAGAGCCUUUGUGCCCCAGUCCUUGCUCUAUAUGUGUGUGUCUCAUCCCUUAGCACUAUAUCCAAACUAGCACUUUCAUUAUGAUUGGUCAGGUACUGGGGUUGGGGCAGAAUAGUGAUGGGUAGAUGACGUUUCCCCUUACCCUGUUUUCUCACAGAUGUAUCUCCCAGAACUUUUUAUUUAGCUAGGGAGCAAAACAAAUACUCUAUCAAUGUAGUCUAAGUUUAGAGAGCCGUAUUUGGUAUUCUAACACAGUUGGCCACUAUAGAUAAGUUAUGUUAACAUUUCUCUAAACUAUCCUCGUUUUCAAGAGUUUCUAUCUUAGCCCUGCAGACUCACUUUACUCAUAGUGAUUACAUACAGCAUUGAACUUGAGUAGAACUUUUUAAAAAUUGCCUUAAUGGGGCAGAAAAGUUGGGUUGUCCCCCAAAAAGUUGGGUUUUGGAUGUUUUAGGCUUCUUAAAGUCUCAAGAAUUGGCUUUUUGGGGCAGGGUCCCGAGUCAAAUUUUAAGGGGAAUAAAAAGAUUGGAAUGAAAUUUUAUAAAAUAUACACAUUUGCCUUCCUGCUAGAUUUUAUUGUUUGCUCGCUCCUUCUCUAAACCAUCUUGCCCCAAACUUCUAGAAGAUAUAAAUCCUGAUCAUUCCAGUCAUUCAUAGCUCCCUUUGGUACUAAAUGUGCCUCUAUAGACAAUAAAGAACUGGUCCCCCAAGAGGGCAAUGUGCUUUCUAGAUAGAAAUGGUCUUCUCCUAAUCUCCAUUCCUCCAACACUCCAUUGUCACUCACACCCAAUCUAUGAAUGUAACCUUGUGCUUGAUUCCUUCUCUCUUUGUCUUCUGCUCUGAUCUCAUAAAGGUAUAAUUUCACUUGAUUUUGUUUGUUUACCUAUCCAUGAACUGCCUCUGACUGAUUUGCAGCUUUUAUCUUUUGUAUGGUAGGUGGAGUGUGUUGACUGGAGUCAAAUAAAAAAUAAUUAAAAAAUUUUUUCUUAAACUCUCA